AGCGCAGUGCAAGAUAUGGUCGAGAACCAAUCAAUGUUCUACGCGACGUUUCAAUGCCCGGAAAAAGUCGGGAAAUACAUUUGCAAAAUCAAAUGCGUGGAGCGUGACGAAAAAUUGACCGGGAUCUGCGAGGCUGGCUACUGCACCUGCAUUCUAAAGCAGCAGAAGAAGUUGAGGAAACAAUUGACUAAACGCUUCAUGGCUGCAAUGAACGGCUAUGACACAGAUUGUUCCGCUUACAAAAAAGUCAAACAUUGCAAACGGUUCUGCAAAGCUUUGACACCGGACAAAACCUUCACCGGUAUGUGCAAGGAUAACCAUUGCCAGUGCAUAACCUACCCGAAGCUCCCGGAAGCGAAGAAGACCGCCUGUAGGAAAGCAAUCAACAAGCUAAAGCAGUUCGAGGACCGAGCUUUGAAACACUUGGGGAUCAAACCGAUACCUCUCGCAGCCUACACCGAGAAACAAGUGACCGCAGCCACGGACGAAGCCAUCAAGAGGUUGAAGGCCAACAACUCGAUGGACAGUUGCACUGGAGAGGAUAUCAAUAAUUUAAGAGGCAUUAUACUAAGUCUGUCCCAAGGAUUCAACGCUCUCAGAGGAGACCAAGGCUUUGCUGAAACGCCUGCGCCUGCUGCAAUAAUUUCAGUAAAACCGCCGAGUGCAUCUCCUGGGAACGCUGAAACGCCUUCUGCAACUAUCUCUAUUAAACCGUAAAAUGGUUCUUCUGGAAAGAUCUCCGGGAAAAAACUUUCGACUACUAUGAAUAGAAUAUAUUUUUUUCUUUUACAACGAAUGUACACCAAUGUGUCAUAACUGAAAAUUCUUAAGAGUAUAUAAUUUUGAUUCAUAAAUACCUCGUUUUAUUCAAAUUAUAUA